AUGCCCGAUGAGUUCCUUGCUAGGAACCCCCCCCCGCUCUGGCUCACUCUCUACCACAUCGUCACCCGCCUCCCUGACUCUCUGCGCGCAGUCAGGGAUCACUUCCUAGCUCGCUGCCCCACUGAGCUCACCAUUGCCCUCCUCGAGAAGGAACUACUUGCAGCUGAGGCGAGCAUCGUCGCUGUAGGUGCCUCUCGUGGCGACCCCCGCACCCCUUUCUUUGAGGGGUGUUCCCCUUCCCCCCUUCUCCCCUCUGUAGCCUCUGCUUCUGCUGUCGACCUCCUUGGUGCUGAGAAGGUCGGGACGGCGUCUGCUCCGAGCGGGCGCCGCAGGAGCAAGGGGGGCAAGGGUGGAGGUGGCGGCGGGGGAGGCGGGGGUGGAGGCGGUGGGAGUGGAGGUGGGGCUGGAGAGGCUAGUGGCGGCAGUGGGGGUGGUGACGGCAGCGGCGGGGGCGGUGGCAGGGGCGGGGGCGGCAGCGGGGGCGGAGGUGGUCGUGGCAGCGGCAGGGGAGGGGGUGGUCGAGGAGGUGGCGGCGGCGGUGGUGGUCGUGGAGGCGCUGGCGGUGGUCCGAGCCAGCAGCACACUCCGUCGCUCCAGGAGGCCCGUGAGUGGUAUUCACAACGCAGGGGGGUGGGUGGCUUGAACUGCACGUACGUCAUCCGCACUGGUGACCGCAACGGUCAGCCGUGUGGGAGGCCGCACCCCACGCAGCGCUGUUUCUCGCGCCUUGACGACGCUUGGCGCACCCAGUUCCCUGAUGCCACUGAGCUGCCCCGCUGGGCUGAUCUGGAGAGGAAGGGAGUUGAUAUCUGGGCUCUAGACUUUGAUGCUAUUAUCACUGCAAUGCAUGCGAUGUUUACUAGUGGAGAGGGUGCUCAGUACCUGCGUGUUCCGCCCGAUCCGGGCAUACUGACCAGUGAGGCUGCCGCUCUAGGUGCUAGUGAGACUGCCACUGCAGGUACUCGCGUGUCUGCUACCUCAGGUGAUGGUGAGGCUGCCGCUCUAGGUGCUAGUGAGUCUGUCCCCCCUGGUACUGAGUCGACUGAGGCACUGCACACCUUCACCCUGGACUCAGGUGCUUCUCGCUGUUUCUUUCGUGACCGCACUGCCCUUGAGCCGCUUGCUCGGCCAGUUGCUGUCUCCCUCGCUGACCCCUCUGGGGGUCCGGACGCGGGUGUUCACCAGUUCACCCCUGCCUACGAGCGCGUGACACACUGCACGUGUGCUCGGACGGGCCGUCACCUGGCUACCUUCACUUGGCAGCCGGGGUCGGACCUGUACACACUGACCACUGAGUCCCCUCAGGUAGCUGCGUCUGCGUCUGCGUCAGGUCAGCUGUCGGCCCCCUGCUCGUGUCGCACUCUGGCGCACGAGACCGUCCUCUGGCACCACCGACUUGGUCACCCGUCUGUGCAGCGCCUUCGUGCCAUGCACAAACGGUACCUUGUCUCUGGUCUUCCCAGGGUUCUCCCUCCCCUCCCACCCUCGCCUGCUCCUCCCUGUCUUCCCUGUGUCGAGGGGCGGCAGCGCGCCGCUCCUCACUCCUCCUUUCCCCCGACGACUGCUCCCUUGCAGACGCUCCACCUGGACGUGUGGGGCCCAGCUCGCGUCCGUGGACAGGGUCAGGAGAGGUACUUCCUGAUUGUUGUUGACGACUACUCGCGCUACACCACGGUCUUCCCCUUGCGCACCAAGGGUGAGGUCCCUGAUGUCUUGAUCCCUUGGAUCCGCAGAGCUCGUCUCCAGCUCAGCGAGCGUUUCCGCUCGGACUUUCCUGUCCUGCGUUUGCACUCUGACAGAGGUGGUGAGUUCUCCUCCGACCUCCUGGCAGCCUACUGUGCGGAGCACGGCAUUGAGCAGUCGUUCACGCUUCCGGCCUCUCCACAACAGAAUGGGGUUGCUGAGCGCCGCAUUGGCUUGGUCAUGGAGGUCGCUCGUACCUCCCUGAUCCAUGCGGUUGCUCCCCAUUUUCUGUGGCCGUUUGUGGUCCGAUACGCUGCGCAUCAGCUCAACCUCUGGCCCCGUGUCUCCUUGCCGGAGACUUCCCCGACACUGCAUUGGACGGGAGAGGUUGGCGAUGCGUCGCGUUUUCGGGUCUGGGGAUCCCGAGCUUUUGUUCGCGAUACGUCCGCGGACAAGCUCUCCUCUCGCGCUGUUCCUUGUGUCUUCCUUGGCUUUGUCCCGGACGCGCCUGGUUGGCAGUUUUACCACGUCACCUCGCGCCGGGUUCUGCCUUCUCAGGACGUCACUUUUGACGAGUCCGUCCCCUACUACCGCCUCUUCCCCUACCGCACUGCCCCGCUCCCCCCCCCGCCUCUCUUCCUCGCGCCAGGUGCUGCUGUGGUAGACCCCCUCCCCCCUCAGGGUGCCGCUCCCUCAGGUGUGUCCCAGGUAGACCCGGUUGAGCCUGUCGAGGUAGCUGUCGACUCUCGUCCUACUAGGGGUGCUGAGCCUGAGCGUGAGGAGCCUGGCGGUGCUGAGUCUGGGGGUGCGGAGCCUGGGGGUGCUGAGCCUGGGGGUGCGGAGCCUGGGGGUGCUGAGCCUGGAGGUGCGGAGCCUGGGGGUGCUGAGCCUGGGGGUGCUGAGUCUGGGGGUGCUGAGCCUAGGGGUACUGAGCCUGGGAGUGCUACACCUGGAGGAGCCCUCUCCUCACAGCAGCUGCAGGAGAGGUACCUACAGUACUGCAGCCUCAGGAGAGGUGCUGCUGGAGCUGGUACCAGUGCUUCCCCUCCUACCCGGGAGCUCCCCUCCCUUCAGCAGAUCCGAGAGUGGUACACGCGGCGCUGCAGUCUUCGGAGUGGCGCUCCUGGUGUUGCGGACCCUGGUACUGCAGGUGCUGCUAGUGCUGAGGACCCGGACGUUGGAGCUGCUCCUGGUGCUGAGGACCCGGACGUUGGAGCUGCUGCUGGUGCUGAGGACCCGGGCGGUGGAGCUGCUGCUGGUGCUGAGGACCCGGGCGGUGGAGCUGCUGCUGGUGCUGAGGACCCGGACGGUGGAGCUGCUGCUGGUGCUGAGGACCCGGACGUUGGAGCUGCUGCUGGUGCUGAGGACCCGGGCGGUGGAGCUGCUGCUGGUGCUGAGGACCCGGGCGGUGGAGCUGCUGCUGGUGCUGAGGACCCGGGCGUUGGAGCUGCUACUGGUGCUGAGGACCCUGGCGGUGGAGCUGCUGCUGGUACUGAGGACCCGGACGCUGGUGUCUCAGCUGGUUCUGGAGACGCUGUGCGGCCGCGACCGUACUUCGUACCGCUCCUUCAGAAGUCUGACUCCCGUCGUGCUGCCAGUCCCACUGUCACGCGUCUCCUCGCUACGGUUGACACUGACCCUGCCUUUGCGUCCUCUGCUGCGUCUGCUCUGGUCGCUGAGUUGGUUGACUUUGCUGCUCGGUGCCGUCUGGACUACGCCGCUAGCCUUGUUGCUGAGUCUGAGCCUGUCUGUCCUCCGUCCGUCGGGGGUGAGUGUGCUCUUGGCACGGACGUCCUUGAGGACAGACAGGAGGAGUUCCAGUGCUUUGCUGCUGCUUUGCCCCAUCUCGUGUCCAUGCUAGUUGCCCCUGAGGGAGACCCGGAUGCACCAGACAUCCCGACCCCACGCUCUUACGCUGAGGCGAUGGCGGGUCCCUACUCCUCUCAGUGGCAGACAGCCAUGGACGCAGAGAUGGCUUCCUGGAAGUCCACAAGCACCUACGUCGACGAGGUUCCCCCACCUGGGGCGAACAUCGUCAGUGGCAUGUGGAUUUUCAGGGUGAAGCGGCCGCCGGGUUCUCCUCCUGUCUUCAAGGCGCACUACGUUGCUCGAGGCUUCAGUCAGCGAGAGGGAGUAGACUUCUUCCAGACCUUCUCCCCCACCCCGAAGAUGACCACUCUUCGGGUGCUGCUGCACAUAGCCACUCAGCGCGACUACGAGCUUCACUCACUUGACUUCAGCACUGCUUUCUUGCAAGGCAGCCUGCACGAGGAGAUCUGGCUGCGUCGCCCUCCUGGCUUCACUGGGUCGGUUCCUCCUGGUACCCAGUGGAGGCUCCAGCGGCCGGUCUACGGUCUCCGCCAGGCGCCACGUGAGUGGCACGACACACUGAGGACGACACUUGCGGCUCUUGGGUUCGCUCCCUCUACUGCUGACCCGUCGCUGUUUCUACGCACCGACACCUCGCUGCCGCCGUUCUACAUCCUCGUGUACGUCGACGACUUGGUCUUUGCCACUGCUGACACUGCGGCACUCGCCCACGUGAAGUCGGAGCUGCAGAAGAGACACACGUGCACAGACCUGGGUGAACUGACAAGCUAUCUUGGCUUGCGGAUCACCCGGGACAGAGCAUGGCGCACCAUCACCUUGACUCAGUCACACAUGGUGCAGCAGAUCCUUCAGCGCUUCCGCUUCACGUACUCCUCGCCUCAGUCCACUCUUCUGCCUACCGGUCACUCGCUCUCAGCUCUGCCUUCGGAUGAGUCCGUAGAGCCGAGUGGCCCGUAUCCAGAGCUUGUGGGCUGCCUCAUGUACCUGAUGACCUGCACUCGACCUGACCUUGCAUACCCUCUUAGCAUCCUUGCACGCUAUGUCGCUCCUGGCCGUCACAGGAAGGAGCACAUGGAUGCCGCUAAGAGGGUGUUGCGCUACUUGUGCAGUACAUCGGGCAUGGGGCUAGUGCUUGGAGGGCGAGACCGAGUUGUACUUACAGGACACUCAGACGCUUCUUGGGCGGACGACCAGGCUACUCAGCGGUCGUCUCAGGGUUACACCUUCAGUCUUGGCUCUGGCUCAGUUUCUUGGCGUUCUACAUGCUCUUCUUCUGUUCUCAGCUCCAGUUGUGAGGCUGAGAUCUACGCCACAGCCAUGGCAGCCCAGGAGCUACGCUGGCUCACCUACCUGCUGACCGACUUAGGAGAGCGGCCUCGUUCUCCUCCAGUGCUGUACGUUGACAACAAGGCUGCCAUUGCCUUGUGUGAGGAGCACAGACUGGAGCAGAGAACGAAGCAUAUCGCCCUGCGGUACUUCCUUGCUCGAGAGCUGCAGCAGCGCGGUCAGCUUCGUCUGCGUUACGUGGCCACUGAGGCCAACACUGCUGAUGUGUUCACCAAGGCGCUUCAGCCUUGUGACCAUCAGCGCUUCUGUACUCUUCUAGGCCUUGUGCCUGCUGGACCUCACUUGCUUACUUCUUGA